ACUGAGGCUACCGGCUCCAUCCACUCCCUCCCCUCGAUCCUCGACGCGCUCUCGAUCCGCCGCUCACACCGCCUUUGAGCGGGGUCUCUUCCUGCCUGACGGCCAUACUCGCUUGAAACUCGCCCGUCAUGUCGGCUACCCUCUCCAGCGUCGAGCAAAAGGUCUACAAGAAGGUCAUGGCCUCGAAGAAGAAGGCCAUGACCCAGCAGCAGAUCGAGACCGCCAUUCCGGGAUUAUCCAAGAAAGACUGUCAUUCAGCAAUUAACAAGAUUCUCGGAUUGAAACUGUUUACAGCUUCCAAGAGCUCGAAGGGUGGCGAGCUUGUGUUUCAUGGUGUCGCUGUUGAGGAUGCGCGCAAACAGAAUACCCUCACAACUGAACAACAAUAUGUUCUUCAGAUUGUUGACAAGGCGGGCAAUACUGGUAUUUCCAAGCCAAGCAUUGCAAACCAAGUCAACACUGAGAUCAUGGCACGUAUGCAGGUCUUCCGCGCCCUUGAGUCGCUGGAGAAGGUCGGGCUAGUUAAGACGUUCAAGAGCGUCAACGCGCCGACCAUGCCGCUGUACAUUCUCGCGCACCUUAAGCCUCCAGAGGACAUGGCGGGCGGCAUCUGGUUUGACGAGAGCAAAGAGUACGAUUCAGUGUUCGUCGACACCCUCCGUGGCGUCGUUCUCAACUUCAUUCAGCAGAAGACCUUCCCUCAGCGCAAGGCCGACGCAAUUUCCAAGCUGUGCUCCAACCCUAUUUACCCCAUCUCCAAGACUGCCGCCCUUCCUACGCCAGCGACGAUCCUGUUGCACCUGCAGAAGAACAAGGUCACAAGCGCCCCCCUAACGGUGAAGAACGUCAUGGAGAUCUGCCGCGCUCUCGAGCUCGAUGGUCUGAUCGAGGCGAUCAAGCCUAUCGGCGGUGUCAGUGUUGAUCCGAUGUUCGACUCCGACUCGGACGACGAACCGGCAGCCAAGCGCUCUCGCAAGAGCAAACGCGAUGAUGACGACGAUGACAUGGACCCGGAGGAGCGCGCGCGUCGUGAACGGAAGGAUCGAGAAAAGAUGAAGGCCAAGCUCAAGGAGGCCAAGCGCGAGAAACAGCGAAAGGAGCGCGCACGUGAGAGGGAGAAGGAGAGGGAACGUAAACGCAAGGAGAAGGAGAAGGAGAAGAAGCGGAAGGAAAAGGAGCGGGAACGGAAGCGCAAGGCCAAGGAGAAGGAGCGCGCGCGCAAGGAGAAGGAGAAGCGCAAGAAGAAGAGAGCAAUGUCCACGGAUCUGGACGACUCGGACGAGGAGCUGCGCGAGUUGGACGAGCCCAAGUCGCGUCGCAAGAAGCGUAUCCUGUCCGACGAGUCGGAGCUCUCGUCGUCGGACAGCUUGAGUGACUCAGACACGGACAGUGACUCGGACACGGACUCGGACCUGUCAGUCUCGUCUGUUGAUUCUGACGAUCUGGACAAUGGGACGAUAUCCCUCAAGCCUCAGUCUACUGCGGCGGCCAUCAACCUCGCCAACCCCUUCUUCUCCGACACCGGGCGGCAGACACUCAUUGACCUUUCGGAUCAGGCGGUGUUGUACCGUGCGCUGCAGCGGCUCACAAUCUCGCUUGGUCAGACGCAAGCCCCCUGCGGCACGUGCCCGCAGUUCAACUUCUGCGAGGAGGGCGGGCCGGUCAAUGCCGAUUCGUGCGCGUACUACACCGACUGGCUCUCGGGUGCGGGCGGUGGCUGGACGGCGGACGUAAAGGCUGAGAAGGCAAAGAAGGCGGCCGAGGAGGAGCAGGCGCGCCGACGAGCCCUGGCUGAGGCGAACGGUGAGACGUAUGUGGAGGAGCCGAUGACCAACGGCGAGAUGGUGUACGAGGACGUGUACGAGGAUGUGUACGAGGAGGACGGGAAGUUUGACCACAAUGGGGGCAUGGGUGAGGGCGAGGAGGGCUACUACUGAGCUCAACUUGACCCCUUGCACUCGAGACCUUGGAGUCUUCUUCCAACAGGAGAGGAGCGCAGUCUCCCGACCUACCACACUUAGCAUAGAUUGCAUUAUUUGUACCAUUCUAGACCCUCCACGAGGACCAUCUUUGAUGCAUGCGUGCCUCCCAUC